AUGGCGAAUCGGCAAAUCACACGGCGCAUCGUCACCAGCGCAGCGAUCACAUUAUGCCUUAUUUUCCUCGUUUUUAUUCGACCGCAAGGGCCACCUAGCCCCGCCGUCCGCGCCCCCGGCCACAUCGACCGCUCCGCAUCGGCAUCCGCGCCGGGGAUAACGAUUCAAGAUAGCACACUGAAAGGAGGCGUGGUGAUGCCGAGGCUAGGUAACGAAACAGCCAAGGCUGAGCUAGGUCGUGCGACUUGGAAGUACUUCCACACCGUCAUGGCACGGUUCCCCGAAACCCCCACGGAAGACCACAAGGAAGCGCUGCGCUCUUAUGUCUACCUAUUUGCCCGGCUAUAUCCCUGUGGAGAAUGUGCCGAGCAUUUCCAGCAACAUUUAAAGAAAUAUCCUCCCCAGGUGUCAUCUCGGAAUGCUGCUUCGGGCUGGGGCUGUUUUAUUCAUAAUGAGGUCAAUGCGAUGCUUGGUAAGCCCGAUUUUGAUUGCGCCAAUCUCGGGGAUUUCUAUGAUUGCGGCUGCAAGGAGGAUGACGAAGGUGAUAAGGCCAAGGAAGGGUCGGCUUCCUCUCGCUCUGAUGCAGCGAAGGAGGGCACGGGGCAGCAUGAUGGCCCUGCUGUGGAGAUUUCAAAGGAAGAGACUACCCGUGGGUGA